UUCAAAAAGUCGCCCGUUGCCAAAUUGCCCCAUAUUCCCUCCCGUUUUCCGCACUCGCAAGCCUAGGGUUUUCAUUCUGCUUCCCCCAUUUCAAAUUUCGGUCUUCCUUUGACUCCCCAGCUUGUUGCUUUACAAGAUUAGAACUCUAUCAGAGGCUCAGAGCUUCAAGUUGGUUGGAGUAUUGCCCCUUCAGAAGGGUACUGAAGUCCGUAUUUUCUUCUCGCCAUAGUUAAGAUGAUCCCAACUCCAUUGAUCCCUCCCGAAAAUCCCAACACCGUCCACUUACCGCCUCAUUAUUCCAUGCUUAAAGAAUCAGUUGAUCAUUUCAUAACUAAAUACAGGAAUGGCGUCACUGAUUUCUGCGAUUUCAGUUCCAUAUUUUCUCGAUUGUUGCAGAACAUGCCCGACCCGCCUUUGGAAAUCGUCUGGUUUUAUUCGGCCCUUGGGUUUCAUACUACCAAAUUAGCAGUUCGGAGAGAAUCUUCGGCAAGAGCAGCAUUAGCCAAAGAUUUAUUCCAGCUGCUGGUCUCCUGUUCGGAUUAUUGUGGUUCGAUGAAAAGGAUUGCUAUUCUAGCUCCUUUUGUCUUUGAGUUGCAUCGUUUGGUGCUCGAGGAGACAGACUUGAAGAGCGAUGUCCAGAGCUUAUUGGAAGGACUGAUUAGUUAUUGUAGCAUUUUCUGUGGCAAGGAGCUUCAAGAAGACAGCGAUGGGAUGACUAGUCUGGACCCUAGUUUCCUGGAUGUAAUACCCGUGUGGGUAGUUGAUCAAUCUGGGGUUCGGGAUCACUCGAAAGAAUUUUUCCCCAUUAUCAGCGACCAACUUUGCAAGGGAAUUAAAUCGGGAUGUGAUAUUGGGUUCUUAGCCGGAAUCGUGAUGUGUGAAGCUCUCUUGUUGAAUUUGUGCCUGAAGUUCGAAACGGGGAUUGCGAAAGCGGAGCAGGAGAAGAAAUUGUACGGUACAGCAGUUCAGACCAUCACCGGGUUUCGCAAUUUUUAUUUUUUGGAUACCCUUUCCAGGAUGAUGCUGGAGCCAGUUUUGCCAGUGGUAAACUUACUGGGUUCUGGAAAUGAAGCUCUUCUUAAAGAAGUCCUAUUCAAUGCUGUUAUGAUGGUAGAGUACUCCUUUACUAACCCUCAAGCAAGAGUUCCACCAUGUCCCAAAAGCUUGAAAGAUCUCGCUUUAACGUGGUUGUUUGUCACUGACUUGGCAAUCCAAUCUGCUAGGGACAAAGGCGAUCAAGAUAAAGCUAUUUCUUAUUUAAAUGGCUUCUCUAGAUCAUGCAUACCUAUUCAAUUGAUUAACUGGGUUACUAGUCAGGGUAGUGUUGGCGGAAUGAUUGGCCGACCAAAUGUUUCCACUCCUAUAGCUCUUAUAAAGUGGCUUCUAGUCGUUGAGGAUCAAGGAUUGACCAUCUUCGAUGGGGAUACUGCCAAGCUACGUGCAAAAGCUGAGUAUUUUACAUCAAGAACUGAGUACGGUCUCCAAAUCAUAAAAAAUUCCUGUUACAAUGCGGGUAAGAAUCUCUUUCUAUACUCUCGUCGCAGAGGGACAGAGGAAGAUAAAGUUGACGCCUGCGAUAUAGAGAUGGCUGAUCCUAUGGACGCCAUGGUUUUGUCUUCGGACGAUAGAGUGAAUAAUAGCAGCACUGAUGGAACAAGAAAACGCAAAGAAGGUAUUGUGGAUGAGACUAAACCACAGGUAAAGUUUAUGAGGUGCCAGUUUCAGGAGAACUCAAUGAGGGAAAGCUCAAUUGUAUUCCCUCAGCAGUGAGCUGGAUGUUUCGGUCUCGCUCAGUUUCCUAAGUAACGGGCGGGGCAGCAACCAUACGAAGAUGCCAGGCAGGUCAGUCAUUUUGCGCUAGUAAACCGGAAACACAUUGAGAAGCUGGUCCUUUGAUAGGAACCUAGCGUGUUUUGGAAGCUAGUUUAGGGAGAGCUUUCUUCAUGGUUGGAAUUUGUAGUUCAAUCUCGAAGAGUUGGCUUAUGGGGUAACGGGUAACCGUAGCUGUCAUCGCCUGCUUCUCUUAUUCUUUAUGUUUCUAAAUUAGUCAUGAAAAGAAGCCCUGUGAACCUUUGAUGUGCAUGCAAGAAGUUACACGCACACGCACUCUAUUUCCAAGGGAAGACUAGUGUCUUCUCAAAUAAUACCGAACCAGGAUCUGUCAUUUGAUUUC